AUGGCCACAAAUGCCCUUGUCACUCUCGUAUGCAUCAUCACUGGUGCAAUGGUAGUACUCUGCUUAUGUACUGCGUUCAGUAUUUAUUCAGACAUCAACACAUUUUAUAGUCAAUCGAUGAAGGAGCUGCAUGACUUCAAGAAAAUUGCCAACGAUGCGUGGAAUGAGAUGUUGGUUAGUCCUGCAGAAAUGGAAAAUACAGUGCAUGCAUCUCUCGGUCGCAGAGGUAAACGAGCGGACAGCGUGAUGUGCAACUGUGAAGAAAAUCGAGCUAGUUGCCCGGCUGGCAAGCCAGGGCCUAUGGGAAAGCAGGGUGAACCUGGUUCUGACGGUGCAGAUGGCCAACCGGGUGUUCCAGGCCAACAUCAGAUGAUGUUUUUAUAUAAGAGACCUGUAGACUGCAUACCGUGUCCAGCAGGGCCACCAGGUCCUCCAGGCCAGGACGGUCCUAGGGGAUCGAUGGGACCCGUUGGAUGGUAUGGACCACCAGGCCAUCCUGGAAAAAACGGUGAAAACGGCGCCCCCGGAAAACGCGGAAAUCCUGGCCCUCCUGGCCAGCCAGGGGCUCCAGGGGUCCCUGGAUACGCAGGGAGCAAUGGCAUCAAAGGCAGGGCAGCUCCAGGACCUCCUGGCAAUCCAGGUUUGCGAGGAUUAGAGGGUGCUCCUGGUAGGAACGGAGAGGACGGCACAAAUGGCAUGCCAGGAAAACGAGGUCCACCUGGUCCUCCAGGUAAAGAUGGAGCACGAGGACAAGAUGGGAUUGUUGGUUUCUCAGGAAGAGAGGGAUUGCUUGGCACUGACGCAUUUUAUUGUCCUUGUCCAAGAAGAAGUUCAUCGUUUAUUGAAGAUUUCGUCAGGAUUAGUCCACCUUCUGUUGCUCCUUCUCCUGAGCUUAUUGGUUAUCUUGAGUAG